UCGUGUCGCCAACCAUGAGAACCACUAACAAUCGAUUAACAGAGACUAUGGAAAACAAAAACAAAUUCAUGUUGACAGUUUCGACGGUAUUUAAUCGUAUAUACUUUAAACAACAUUUGAUAACCAGUUUUCUAAUACGUUUAGCAUUUAUUGUAUACGGAGAAUUUCAAGAUAGUUAUGCUGAAGUUCCCUUCACCGAUAUUGACUAUAAAGUAGUUACUGAUGCUGCUAGACAUAUACUAAACGAUGAAUGCACAAUGAUAUUUCCGGUUAAAAGACCAGCUAAAAUUGGUGUGUAACGGUAAGUGAUCCUUUUGUAAGGUGAUUCAUCGUUUGGAAAAAUUCUAUUCUCCAUUUUCGACAUUUUGAUUGGAAUUGUCAUUCGGCAAAUUAUUCUCGAUGAGCAUCUCCAUACUUUGUUGAAGAAAAAUAAACGCCUGCAGGAAACGACAGCUCACCAUCGAUUUCAUCUAACACCGAAACAUGAUAAACAAGCGACGUGGGCUUCAUUAGUCUGGUUAUAUAAUCCAAUGGCGAUUGUUAUCGCCACACGAGGAAAUGGUGACGCAAUAACCAGCCUAUUAAUAUUACUUACGAUUUUUGCAUUGCAACGAAGUAUUCGACGGUCAAAAUCGCACAAUUUCGCAUAUGUACUGCUUGCCGGAGUAUUUCAUGGACUUGCCAUUCAUUUUCGACUGUAUCCACUUGCGUUUAGUUUGGCAUAUUACCUAUAUCUUGGGGAUGAUCGCACAGGAGGAGCAAAUCAGCGGCAAAAAACAUUUUUCACCGUUAUUUUUCAAUUCCAUCGCAGACAAAUUCUGUUGGUUUUCUCAACAUUGUCCACACUAUUUGCGCUCACAAUUUUAUUUUACCAAAAAUACGGCUUUGAAUUUCUUUAUGAAUCGUAUUUAUACCAUUUGGUGCGCAAAGAUACACGCCACAAUUUCUCUUUAUAUUUUUAUAUGAAUCUUUUGAAUACGAAACCAAUGUACAUCGAAAAGAUUUUAACAUUUUUACCACAAUUGCUCAUUUUACUCUCGAUUAAUGUGUUCUUUGGAAUGCAUCGUAAAACGAUUGGAUUUUGUAUAUUUCUGCAAUCAUUUGUCGUUGUUUGUUUCAAUCCGGUUGUUACUUCGCAAUACUUUAUCUGGUAUUUGGCAAUCUUACCUAUAUGCUUGAAGAAUUUGAAAUCGAUGAAAAUGAACAGGGCGCUGUCGUAUUGUGGCCUAUGGUGUUCGGCCCAAGCGAUUUGGUUGUAUUCAGCAUAUCUUUUGGAAUUUAAAGGCUGGAAUACUUUUGGGUUUAUAUGUUUGACCGGAGCCAUUUUCUUUUCGGCCAAUUGCUUCAUAAUCAAAAUUCUGAUUGACAAUUUCAAUGUUAUUGCCGAUUUUUAAAUGUAGAUUUUAUGUAAACAAGUAGUAAAAUAAAUAAAUAAACGGAAAAAUCGAUA